CUCUUAUCGUUUUAUGGUCAUCUCUUGUUGUUAUUUAAUUUUUACUUUUUACAUUUUUCAAAUUUUUCAAUGAAAAAUCUGACAAAAUGCUGUCGCGUAAAUUGAUUAACCUUCGGCUGGGAUGUAUAAUACGUCGAUGGGCCAGCACAGAUCCACUGAGCAUCCAGAACGAAAAACUCCAGGCUUAUUUGGAAUCCUUACGGCAGGAGUACUAUGCCGUUCGUGUAAGCGCCGCAGGAAAUAGCAAAUCCUACGCCCGCCUUGCUCAGCUGGAGGGCGUGGUUAGUGCUCUGGAGCAGCGACGCGUCCUUGAGCGGCACAUUACUAGUGCAAAGGACAUGGAGCUGGAAAAAGACGAGGAUAUGCGCCAACUGAUGAAGGAAGAAAAUGAAGUCUAUGUGGAUCUCCUGGACAAACAGGAUCAAACGCUCUUGAAGGAAUUACUCGCCCUGUCAGAUGACGAGGCGUAUCCAGCUUUGAUCUUUGGCCUUAAUGCCGGCGCCGGUGGCCAAGAAGCCAUGCUCUUUGCCCAGGAACUUUACGAAAUGUACACAAACUACUUUGACCACAUGGGCUGGGAUUGGGAGGAGUUCGCCAGCGAGUCCACCGACAUCGGAGGCCUCCGUCACGCCAGCCUGAUGGUCAGUGGGGAGGACGCCUACCGCUGGUUGCGCUUCGAAGCUGGAGUCCAUCGGGUUCAGCGCGUUCCGGCCACCGAGAAGUCCGGACGCAUGCACACCAGCACCGCCUCGAUAACCGUGAUUCCGCGGCCUGCCGACGUUCAAGUGAACAUUGCCGAAAAGGACCUAAAAAUCGAGACAAAGCGUGCAAGUGGCGCUGGUGGCCAGCAUGUAAACACCACCGACUCGGCUGUCCGGAUUGUUCACCUGCCCACGGGUCUAGCGGUGGAAGCACAAUCGGAGCGGUCACAGCUAAAGAACCGAGAAUUAGCCAUGAAACGUCUUAGGUCGCGUCUUGUGCAGCAGCAACUAGAGAGCGCCGAGGCCAGUAAAAUGGCCACUAAGAAGGCGCAACAGGGGAGUCUCAACCGCAACGAGAAAAUCCGCACCUACAAUUUCGUCCAGGAUCGGAUUACAGACCACAGAGUUCAAGGUGGUACGCUGCACAACCUAGACGGGUUUCUCAAGGGCGGCGAUCAACUAAGUGGACUUAUUGAGAAGCUUCAAUUGGAGCAGAGAAAGGAACGACUGAAGGAACUCCUGGAAACGUGGCAGCCACCAAAAGAAGCUAUUACAGAAAACUAGAAAUCUUCUACUUUUGUUUGUUACUAGAUAUAUAUGUCGGCGCCUUACAUUUUAAAGUCGUGCUAAUUUUACAAACGAAAUACAUGGAAAUUUGUACAGUG